CCCCCGCCCCGGCCCCCAUCAAUCAUCAAUCAGCAGCACCGAGCGGAUCAAUCAAUGGUCGGGAGGAGGCGGCGGCGGCGGCUGCUGCUGUUAAUGAACAAUGUGUGAGAGCUGCGCCGAGCUGCUGGAGGUGUUAAAUGAGAUAUCAGACAUUGAAGGUGGUGAUGCUUUGCAGCUCAGAAAGGAACAUGCCCUCAAGAUAUUUGCUUACAUCAAUUCAUGGACGCAAAGACAAUGUUUGUGCUGUUUCAAGGAGUAUAAACAUCUGGAGAUCUUUAACCAAGUAGUUUGUGCGCUUAUUAACUUGGUGAUUGCCCAAGUCCAAACUCUGCGGGACCAGCUCUGUAAACAUUGCACUAUUAAUAUAGAUUCAACAUGGCCAGAGCAGAGUAAUCAUGCUGAUGAGCCCCUGAAUGUAGAAAGAGAGUCUCAUGAAGAAGAAAAUGGAGAAAGACAAAAACCUCUAGAGAAAAAGUUUGAUUCCACAAGAACUUGUAUCCUGAGCGAGGAGGAACCCGCAAAGAACACAGAUGCUUUUAGCUUAUGGAGUACUGAUGAGAAGGAGAAGCUGCUGCUGUGUGUGGCAAAAAUCUUUCAGAUUCAGUUUCCUCUGUACACAGCUUAUAAGCAUAAUACUCACCCCACAAUAGAGGAUAUUUCUGCUCAAGAAAGCAAUAUAUUAGGGGCGUUCUGUGAUAUGAAUGAUGUAGAAGUACCAUUGCACUUGCUUCGUUAUGUUUGUCUGUUUUGUGGAAAAAAUGGCCUUUCCCUCAUGAAGGAUUGUUUUGAGUAUGGAAGCCCCGAGACGCUGCCGUUCCUUAUAGCACACGCAUUUAUCACAGUGGUGUCUAAUAUCAGAAUAUGGCUGCACAUCCCUGCUGUCAUGCAGCACAUUAUACCCUUUAGAACUUACGUUAUCAGGUAUUUAUGUAAACUGUCAGACCAGGAGUUGCGGCAGAGCGCGGCCCGGAACAUGGCAGAUUUAAUGUGGAGCACAGUGAAAGAACCCUUGGAUACAGCCUUGUGUUUUGAUAAAGAAAGUCUUGAUCUUGCAUUCAAAUACUUCAUGUCACCAACUCUGACAAUGAGAUUGGCUGGGCUAAGCCAAAUAACAAAUCAACUUCAUACCUUCAAUGAUGUGUGUAAUAAUGAGUCAUUAGUUUCAGACACAGAAACGUCAAUUGCAAAAGAGCUUGCAGACUGGCUUAUCAGCAACAAUAUAGUUGAGCACAUUUUUGGACCAAAUUUACAUAUAGAGAUCAUCAAACAGUGCCAAGUGAUUCUGAAUUUUCUUGCAGCUGAAGGGAGACUUAGUACUCAACAUAUAGACUGUAUUUGGGCUGCUGCACAGCUGAAGCACUGCAGUCGUUACAUACACGAUUUGUUUCCUUCUUUGAUCAAAAACUUGGACCCUGUCCCACUUAGACACCUUCUUAACCUUGUCUCAACUCUUCAUCCCAGUGCUCACACUGAACAGACCUUGUAUUUGGCAUCCAUGCUGAUCAAAGCCCUGUGGAAUAAUGCACUGGCAGCUAAGGCUCAGCUGUCAAAACAAAGCUCCUUUGCAUCUUUACUGAGUACCAACCUGCCCAUGGGAAACAAAAAAGAAGAAGAGGAGCUCAGAAGAGCAGCCCCUUCCCCUUGGUCACCAGCAGCAAGCCCUCAAAGUAGUGACAACAGUGACACCCAUCAGAGUGGAGGCAGUGACAUUGAAAUGGAGGAACAGCUGAUUAACCGAACAAAACACGUCCAGCAGCGACUUUCGGACACAGAGGAAUCCAUGCAAGGAAGCUCUGAUGAGACAGCCAACAGUGGUGAGGAUGGCAGCAGUGGGCCUGGCAGCAGCAGUGGCCACAGUGAUGGAUCCAGCAACGAGGCCAACUCCAGUCAUGCCAGCCAGUCCGCCGGCAGCCCCGGCAGCGAGGUGCAGUCAGAAGACAUCGCGGAUAUCGAGGCUCUCAAAGAGGAGGACGAUGAAGAGGAAGAAGACAGGAGUCACAAUGCCCAGAAAAGCAGUAGGAGCACAGAUCUACGAGGCAGAAAACUGGAAUCACAAACAGGCAUUUGCCUGGGGGAUGCCCCUGGGCCGGCAGAGAGGAGUGGUGCCAGUAACGGGGCUGGCAAGGAGCACGUUUUUAACACGGACACGGUGCCGCCGGUGGACAAUCGCAUCCGCAUGCUUGAUGCUUGCUCCCAUGCUGAGGAUGCAGAGCAAGACAUGGCAGGGGAAAUGAGCACUGCUCACAUUUCACAAGGCUCUCAAGAUUCUUGUAUAACUCACACAGGGGACUUCCUUGGGGAAACCAUUGGGAAUGAAUUAUUUAACUGUCGGCAGUUCAUUGGGCCCCAACACCACCAUCACCAUCACCACCAUCACCACGAUGGGCAUAUGGUUGAUGAUAUGCUUAGUGCAGAUGAUGUCAGCUGCAGUAGUUCUCAAGUCAGUGCAAAAUCAGAGAAAAACAUGGCAGAUUUUGAUGGGGAAGAGUCUGGCUGUGAAGAAGAGCUUGUACAGAUUAAUUCCCAUGCUGAGCUGACAUCUCAUCUUCAGCAGCACCUCCCAAACCUGGCCUCUAUCUAUCAUGAACAUCUGAGUCAAGGACCAGCAGUUCACAAACAUCAGUACAACAGCAAUGCAGUGACUGACAUUAAUUUGGAUAAUGUUUGUAAGAAAGGAAAUACCCUGCUCUGGGAUCUGGUCCAGGAUGAAGAUGCAAUCCAUCUCUCUGAAGGGUUAAUAAAUGAGGCAGAGAAGCUGCUCUGUUCUUUAGUGUGCUGGUUCACUGACAGACAGAUUCGAAUGAGAUUUAUUGAAGGCUGCUUAGAAAAUUUAGCAAACAACAGAUCUGUCGUAGUUUCACUUCGUCUUCUUCCCAAGCUGUUUGGAACAUUUCAGCAAUUUGGGAGCAGCUAUGAUACACAUUGGAUAACAAUGUGGGCAGAAAAAGAACUGAAUAUGAUGAAACUUUUCUUUGAUAAUUUGGUACACUACAUCCAGGCAGUGAGGGAGGGACGACACAAGCACGCACUAUACAGCCACAGUGCAGAGGUUCAGGUUCGUCUUCAAUUCCUGACGUGUGUGUUUUCAACUCUGGGAUCUCCAGAUCACUUCAGGUUGAGUUUAGAGCAAGUGGACAUCCUGUGGCACUGCUUAGUAGAAGAUUCUGAAUGUUAUGAUGAUGCACUACACUGGUUCUUGAAUCAAGUAAGGAGUAAAGACCAGCAUGCCAUGGGGAUGGAGACUUACAAACAUCUUUUUUUGGAAAAGAUGCCACAGCUAAAACCUGAAACUAUCAGCAUGACUGGCCUAAACCUCUUCCAGCAUUUGUGUAAUUUGGCUCGACUGGCCACGAGUGCUUAUGAUGGUGGCUCCAACUCUGAGUUGUGUGGCAUGGACCAGUUCUGGGGCAUUGCUCUAAGGGCACAGUCUGGUGAUGUCAGUCGAGCAGCCAUCCAGUACAUCAACUCUUACUACAUCAACGGUAAAACUGGUCUGGAAAAAGAGCAGGAAUUUAUUAGCAAGUGUAUGGAGAGUCUGAUGAUAGCUUCGAGUAACCUGGAGCAAGAUUCUCAUUCCAGUCUGACCAUUAUUGAAAGAGGGCUCUUAAUGCUGAAAACACACCUGGAGGCUUUUAGGAGAAGGUUUGCAUAUCACCUGAGACAGUGGCAGAUUGAAGGCACAGGCAUCAGUAGUCACUUGAAAGCCCUGAGUGACAAACAGUCACUACCUCUAAGGAUUGUCUGUCAGCCAGCUGGACUUCCUGACAAGAUGACCAUAGAAAUGUACCCUAGUGAUCAGGUGGCUGAUCUCCGAGCAGAAGUCACACAUUGGUAUGAAAAUUUGCAGAAGGAGCAGAUAAAUCAGCAAGCACAGCUUCAGGAGUUUGGCCAAAGCAGUCGCAAAGGGGAUUUCCCUGGUGGCCUCAUGGGACCUGUGAGAAUGAUUUCAUCUGGGCAUGAGCUGACAACUGACUAUGAUGAGAAAACGCUGCAUGAGUUGGGCUUUAAGGAUAUGCAGAUGGUGUUUGUGUCCCUGGGUGCCCCCAGGAGAGAAAGGAAAGGUGAAGGUGUCCAACUCCCAGCUUCCUGCCUACCUCCUCCUCAGAAGGACAACAUUCCAAUGCUUUUACUCCUGCAAGAACCUCAUCUUACCACCCUGUUUGAUUUGUUAGAGAUGCUGGCCUCUUUUAAGCCUCCUUCUGGAGAAGUGGCUAUGGAAGAUAGUGAGAGUGCAAGGUGUGAAGAGCUCCAUCUCCACGCAGAAAACUUGUCCAGACGUGUCUGGGAACUGUUAAUGCUCCUACCAACGUGCCCUAAUAUGCUGCAGGCAUUCCAGAAUAUUUCUGAUGAGCAGGGUAAUGAUGGCUUUAGCUGGAAGGACCUUCUGCGAAUAAAAAGUGCCCAUAAACUUUUGUAUGCCCUGGAAAUUAUUGAAGCUUUGGGAAAGCCCAACAGGAGGAUAAGACGUGAAUCUACGGGAAGUUACAGUGAUCUUUACCCAGACUCAGAUGAUUCAAGUGAAGAUCAAAUAGAAAACAGUAAAAACACGUGGAGCUGCAAGUUUGUUGCUGCUGGAGGGCUCCAACAGUUACUGGAAAUUUUCAAUUCUGGAAUCCUAGAGCCUAAGGAACAGGAAUCAUGGACUGUGUGGCAGCUGGACUGUCUUGCUUGCUUGCUGAAGCUGAUCUGCCAGUUUGCAGUGGAUCCCUCAGAUCUGGAUUUGGCUUAUCACGAUGUCUUUGCCUGGUCUGGGGUAGCAGAGAGCCACAGGAAAAGGACGUGGCCGGGCAAAUCCAGGAAGACAACAAGUGACCACGUGAAGGGCCUUCAUAUCCCUCGGCUGACAGAGGGAACCAGUUUGAUUCAGCGACUUAUGUCAGUUGCUUAUACAUAUGACAACUUGGCACCUAGGGUGUUGAAGGCUCAGUCUGAUCACAGGUCAAGGCAUGAAGUCACUCACUAUUCCAUGUGGCUCUUGGUGAGCUGGGCUCACUGCUGCUCCUUGGUGAAAUCCAGUCUGGCUGACAGUGAUCAUUUGCAAGACUGGCUCAAGAAGCUCACCCUGCUUAUUCCAGAGACUGCAGUUCGCCACGAGUCUUGCAAUGGUUUGUACAAAUUAUCUCUGUCUGGCCUGGAUGGGGGAGACUCCAUCAACCGUUCCUUUCUGCUGCUGGCUGCAUCAACCUUGUUAAAAUUUCUCCCUGAUGCUCAAGCUCUGAAACCAAUUAGGAUAGAGGAUUAUGAAGAGGAAACUGUGCUGCGACCUGGUUGUAAGGAGUAUUUUUGGCUGCUCUGCAAACUGAUUGAUAACAUUCAUGUCAAAGAUGCAAGUCAGACAACCCUGCUUGAUUUAGAUGCCCUGGCGAGACACCUUGCUGACUGCAUUCGGAGCAGAGAAAUCCUUGACCAUCAGGAUGGGAACAUAGAGGACGAUGGGCUCACAGGGCUGCUUCGCCUUGCAACGAGUGUUAUCAAGCACAAACCACCCUUCAAAUUUUCUCGGGAAGGCCAGGAGUUUCUGAGGGACAUCUUCAAUCUCCUGUUCUUGCUGCCCAGUCUGAAGGACAGACAACAGCCAAAGUGCAAAUCCCACUCCUCCAGGGCUGCUGCUUACGACUUGCUGGUGGAAAUGGUGAAAGGCUCUGUGGAAAACUACAGGCUGCUCCACAACUGGGUCAUGGCACAGCACAUGCAGUCUUCACAUGCACCUUACAAGUGGGAUUAUUGGCCACACGAUGAUGUUCGUGCUGAGUGCAGGUUUGUGGGUUUGACCAACCUUGGAGCCACGUGUUACUUGGCCUCCACUAUUCAGCAGCUGUACAUGAUCCCAGAGGCCAGACAAGCAAUUUUCACUGCAAAGUAUUCAGAAGAUAUGAAACACAAGACCACUCUACUGGAACUCCAGAAGAUGUUUACAUACCUAAUGGAAAGUGAAUGUAAGGCCUACAACCCAAGGCCUUUCUGUAAAACCUACACCAUGGAUAAGCAGCCCUUGAACACUGGAGAGCAGAAAGACAUGACUGAGUUCUUCACUGACCUAAUAACAAAAAUAGAGGAAAUGUCUCCAGAACUGAAAAACACAGUGAAAAGUUUGUUUGGAGGUGUUAUCACAAACAACGUCGUUUCUUUGGACUGUGAGCAUGUGAGUCAGACAGCUGAGGAGUUCUACACAGUGAGAUGCCAGGUGGCAGAUAUGAAGAAUAUUUAUGAAUCUCUUGAUGAAGUAACUAUUAAAGACACCUUGGAAGGUGACAACAUGUACACGUGUUCUCACUGUGGGAAGAAAGUGCGGGCUGAGAAAAGGGCAUGUUUUAAGAAACUACCUCGUAUCUUAAGCUUCAACACCAUGAGAUAUACAUUUAAUAUGGUGACCAUGAUGAAGGAGAAAGUCAACACGCAUUUUUCAUUCCCUUUACGUUUGGAUAUGACACCCUACACUGAAGAUUUCCUCAUGGGAAAAAACGACAGGAAAGAAGGUUUUAAGGAAGAUGGUGGAUAUCUGAAGGAAACUGAGAGUUAUGAGUAUGACCUGAUUGGUGUGACAGUUCACACAGGAACAGCAGAUGGGGGGCAUUACUACAGUUUUAUCAGGGAUAUUGUUAAUCCUCAUGCUUACAAAAACAACAAGUGGUACCUUUUCAAUGAUGCUGAAGUUAAACCCUUCGAUUCUGCCCAGCUUGCCUCCGAAUGUUUUGGUGGAGAAAUGACUACAAAAACUUAUGAUUCUGUUACUGAUAAGUUUAUGGACUUCUCCUUUGAAAAGACACACAGUGCUUACAUGCUGUUUUAUAAACGGAUGGAGCCAGAGGAGGAAAAUGGCAAAGACUACAAAUUUGAUGUUUCAUCAGAAUUGCUGGAGUGGAUAUGGCAUGAUAACAUGCAGUUCCUUCAAGACAAGAACAUUUUUGAACAUACAUAUUUUGGGUUUAUGUGGCAGUUGUGUAGUAGCAUCCCAAGUACACUACCAGAUCCAAAAGCGGUUUCUCUGAUGACAGCAAAGUUAAGCACUUCCUUUGUACUAGAGACAUUUAUUCAUUCAAAGGAAAAGCCUACAAUGCUUCAGUGGAUUGAACUGUUAACAAAACAGUUUAAUAACAGUCAGGCAGCUUGUGAAUGGUUUUUGGAUCGUAUGGCUGAUGAUGAUUGGUGGCCAAUGCAGAUUCUAAUAAAGUGUCCCAAUCAGAUUGUGAGGCAGAUGUUCCAGCGCUUGUGUAUCCAUGUGAUCCAGAGGCUGAGGCCAGUACAUGCACACCUUUAUCUGCAGCCAGGAAUGGAAGACUGCUCGGACGACAUGGAUGGGCCCGUGGAGGACAUUGGGAGCCGCUCGUGCGUCACGCGCUUCGUGAAGACCUUGCUGUCCAUCAUGGAGCACGGUGUCAAACCCCACAGCAAACACCUCACCGAGUACUUCGCCUUUCUUUAUGAAUUUGCCAAAAUGGGAGAGGAGGAAAGCCAGUUCUUGCUCUCUCUGCAAGCCAUAUCCACAAUGGUCCAUUUCUACAUGGGAACCAAAGGGCCUGAGAAUCCACAGGUUGAAGUGCUUUCUGAGGAAGAAGGGGAGGAAGAGGAGGAAGAAGAAGAUAUCCUUUCUUUAGCAGAAGAGAAAUACAGGCCUGCUGCUCUUGAAAAGAUGAUUGCCCUGAUUGCUCUUCUGGUGGAACAAUCUCGCUCAGAAAGGCAUUUGACCUUGUCACAAAAUGACAUGGCAGCGCUGACAGGAGGAAAGGGUUUCCCUUUUUUAUUUCAACAUAUCCGUGAUGGGAUCAACAUCAGGCAAACGUGCAACCUCAUUUUCAGUUUGUGCCGGUACAACAAUCGCCUUGCAGAGCAUAUUGUGUCCAUGCUGUUCACAUCUAUAGCAAAGCUGACUCCUGAGGCAGCCAAUCCUUUUUUCAAAUUGCUCACCAUGCUCAUGGAAUUUGCUGGUGGACCUCCAGGAAUGCCACCCUUUGCUUCUUACAUUCUGCAGAGGAUAUGGGAGGUCAUUGAGUACAACCCCUCACAGUGCCUGGAUUGGCUGGCUGUGCAAACACCUCGGAACAAACUCGCUAACAGUUGGGUCCUGCAGAACAUGGAGAACUGGGUUGAACGUUUCCUCCUGGCACACAACUACCCUCGAGUGAGAACUUCUGCAGCCUAUCUCUUGGUGUCGCUUAUUCCAAGCAAUUCCUUCCGUCAGAUGUUCCGAUCGACGCGCUCCCUGCACAUCCCCACACGGGACCUGCCCCUCAGCCCUGACACCAACAGUAGUUCUGCACCAGUCUACAACGUGCUCCUUGGCCUGCUCUCACGAGCCAAGCUCUACGUCGACGCCGCCGUUCACGGCACCACCAAACUGGUGCCUACUUCAGUUUUCAUGACGUACUGUUUGAUCUCCAAAACCGAGAAGCUCAUGUUCUCCACUUACUUCAUGGACUUGUGGAACCUCUUCCAACCAAAGCUCUCGGAGCCGGCCAUCGCCACCAACCACAACAAGCAGGCCCUGCUGUCCUUCUGGUACAACGUGUGCGUGGACUGUCCUGAGAACGUGCGCCUUAUCGUGCAGAACCCCGUGGUGACCAAGAACAUUGCCUAUUACAUCCUCGCGGACCACGACGACCAGGAUGUGGUGCUCUUCAACCGUGGCAUGCUGCCCGCCUACUAUGGCAUCCUGCGCCUGUGCUGCGAGCAGUCCCCUGCCUUCACCAGGCAGCUGGCUUCUCACCAGAACAUCCAGUGGGGGCCUUCAAGAAACCUCACCCCUCACGCCAGUCAGUAA